AUGAUGGAGACAGUGCGGCAUGCUCUCGCAAGUCGCAGAUGCAAAGUGGAGGCGCAGCAAUGCUGCUUCGACGGCUACGGCCUGAAGCAAGUCGGCUCAAAAGGAUCCGCUCCGGAAUCGAGUCCCACUGUACUGGUGGAGGAGUUCAGGACGGAUGCGGAGGUUUCAAAGAUGAACAACGAGGAGGAGGACGAGUACUCCGAGUACUCGGAUGAAUACUCCUCGGAAGGCUCCGGCGAGGAGCAUGUCGAUGUGCCCAGCACAGGGGCAAACAAGGGUGUCCUCAACCACGAGGAUGAGGAUUCGGAUGAAUCUGGAUCUGAGGGUCCAGAGGGCGAGGAAAGUGAAGAAGAGUAUUCCCACGAGCAAUCAGAGGAGGAGUACUCCGGAAUCUCUGCCGAUGAUGAGGCCAGCGGCGCCAAAAAAGAGGCUGAGUGCCAUGAUCUGAUUGCCAGCGCGGCAGUGGCAGAUGAGGCCAGCGGCGCGGAUGAAGAGGCCGAGAAGGAGGAGUUGCUGGACAUGUCAAAGUUAUCUGUGCCGGAUGGUGGAGACUUCACGUGUCCAGCCCCUCCAUGUGACUCACAAGAAUCACAAGACGAAGUCGACCAGGACUCGGGCUCGGCGCAGAAAGACGAACAUCCGCUCCAAGCCGCCGAUGAGGAGCAUGUGUCCAGCACUGGCCCCUGCGCCACCAAUGCGGGCAUGAAGGAAAACACAUUCAUGCAGUUUUCGCCGACUCUGCUAACGCAUGGAGUCAGGCCCUUCGACCCAAAAGACAGGGAUGGUGAUGGCCGAGUCUCGCAAAAGGAGCUCGACUCCUGUCUGAAAGUCGAAAGCCAGGACUUGGAAGCAAGGCAUCAGAUAUUGCAGCAGGCGGAUGCGGACGGCCAUGGUGUUCUCUCCCAGGAGGAGUUUGAGCGCGGCAAAGCCAAGGCAUCCGAGUACGAGAAGAAGCUGCUGGUCCGCCACAUCCUCAACGGCAGCUACUCUGACGCCUCUAAACGACUCUUGCGAACCGAGAUGUUCCAGGAGAUGCACAAGGAGGAGUACUCUGGAAUCUCUGCCGAUGAUGAGGCCAGCCGCACCAAAAAAGAGGCUGAGCACAAUGACGUGAUUGCCAGUGGGGCAGAGGCAAAUGAGGCCAGCGGCGCGAAUGAAGAGGCCGAGAAGGAGGAGUUGCUGGACAUGUCAAAGUUAUCCGUGCCGGAUGGUGGGGACUUCACGUGUCCAGCCCCUCCAUGUGACUCACAAGAAUCACAAGACGAAGUCGACCAGGACUCAGGCUCGGCGGAGCAAGACGAACAUCCCCUCGGAGGCGAAGGAGCUGAAGAAGACGGUUCGUCACAUCGCUCCACGGCUGAGUAUCGCAAUGACGUGAUGGGAAGCGAGGCAGAGGCAGAUGAGGCCAAGCACAGGUUCGUUGUCCGAUCCAUCUUGUUUACCGCUAUGCGCGGAGCAGCUCAGCGCCUCCUUGAGAAGAAGGAGUUCGACCCAAAAGACAGGGAUGGUGAUGGCCGAGUCUCGCAAAAGGAGCUCGACUCCUGUCUGAAAGUCGAAAGCCAGGACUUGGAAGCAAGGCAUCAGAUAUUGCAGCAGGCGGAUGCGGACGGCCAUGGUGUUCUCUCCCAGGAGGAGUUUGAGCGCGGCAAAGCCAAGGCAUCCGAGUACGAGAAGAAGCUGCUGGUCCGCCACAUCCUCAACGGCAGCUACUCUGACGCCUCUAAACGACUCUUGCGAACCGAGAUAUUCCAGGAGAUGCACAAGGAGGAGUACUCUGGAAACUCUGCCGAUGAUGAGGCCAGCCGCACCAAAAAAGAGGCUGAGCACAAUGACGUGAUUGCCAGUGGGGCAGAGGCAAAUGAGGCCAGCGGCGCGAAUGAAGAGGCCGAGAAGGAGGAGUUGCUGGACAUGUCAAAGUUAUCUGUGCCGGAUGGUGGGGACUUCACGUGUCCAGCCCCUCCAUGUGACUCACAAGAAUCACAAGACGAAGUCGACCAGGACUCAGGCUCGGCGGAGCAAGACGAACAUCCCCUCGGAGGCGAAGGAGCUGAAGAAGACGGUUGGUCACAUCGCUCCACGGCUGAGUAUCACAAUGACGUGAUGGGAAGCGAGGCAGAGGCAGAUGAGGCCAAGCACAGGAUCGUUGUCCGAUCCAUCUUGUUUACCGCUAUGCGCGGAGCAGCUCAGUGCCUCCUUGAGAAGAAGGAGUUCGACCCAAGAGACAGGGAUGGUGAUGGCCGAGUCUCGCAAAAGGAGCUCGGCUCCUGUCUGAAAGUCGAAGGCCAGGACUUGGAAGCAAGGCAUCAGAUAUUGCAGCAGGCGGACGCGGACGGCCAUGGUGUUCUCUCCCAGGAGGAGUUUGAGCGCGGCAAAGCCAAGGCAUCCGAGUACGAGAAGAAGCUGCUGGUCCGCCACAUCCUCAACGGCAGCUACUCUGACGCCUCUAAACGACUCUUGCGAACCGAGAUGUUCCAGGAGAUGCACAAGGAGGCCGAUUUCGAUGCACCGAGCACCGGGCCACCCAGCUCCGAAGAUGGUGAGGAUUCGGAUGACUCCGGGUCUGAGGCGGAGGAAAGUUCCUCGGACGAGUAUUCCGACCAGUACUCAGACGAGUACACAGACGAGUACACAGACGAGUCGCAAAGCUCUGCCGAUGAGGUCACCGUGAACCAUGAAGGCCCAGAAGUUGGUGUCGCUGGCGGCGGAGGGUCCUUCAUAUCCUUCAUGAAGCGUGAAGACGCAUUGAGCGGCAGGCCUCGCUUGGAGGAUGCCUUGUGCUUGUGGCCAUUGGAUCUGCCGAAGACCGAUGCCAGCCAUCUUCCUGCCUCCAUCCUCCUUGCUAGGGAUCCUGCCAAGCCCAGGCCGAAGAAGACAGUUCGCUUCUCGGAGCAUGUCGACCACAGGUCAAUCAGCCCAAGACCACUUUCCACAUCCGCAACAGACACCGUUGGGGGAAAAAAGAAUGCGACCCAAAAAGGGACGGUUCGGUCAUCAUCCAAGCCGUCCGCUUCCGCCCAACCCGUGCCGGUGCAGAGCUCUAGCUUUUCGGAGUUCUUGUUCCUCCCACCGCAGUGUAUGUCUAACUUCUUGUUUGCUCCAAACGGCAGUACAGCUCAGCACGCAGUGCCUGCGGUUGAGAUGGAGAGCAGCCGCCGAAGCGGGGAGGAGCAUUAUUACAGCAGUGCCCACCACCACGGCAGCGAUGCCCACCAUCGCAGCACUGGUAACCACCACCACUGCAGCGGUGAUGCGCUCGACGAGACAGCAUCAGCCUGCACUGGCGAGCCAGAAAGCCCGGCUUCGUUUGGCGAAGUUUUCGGCACGAUGGUACAUUGUUCGUCGUCGUCUCAGGUUACUGAUGAGAUGGCGCGGGAGGCCCACGAGCGCGGCCUAGGGUGCUGCUUGGAACGGCGUGUUUUGGAACGCGCCUAUUUUCUUUAUAAGAACGGCCACAGUGAGGACGCCGACUUCAAUUACUUUACUGCACUGAAACAUGAGAUGAGCUUAAUGCUCCCAAAGUGA